UUUAAUCAUUUUCAAUCUUACAGAAUAACAAAAAAAAUUCCCACAAAAAUACAAUGAAGUUUAAUUUAUAUAAAAGUACGAGUAAAAUUGUAUUAUUCUAAGAAUAAGCAGAAAUAGAGUCCAGGUGUCCAUUUAGGGUAUGGUUGUAUAUUAUUAUUUAAACUAAACAAUUUUAAAUAAUGUUACAGAUCUUUAAAACAUUCAUAACAUAACAUAACAUAACGUUAAUAACAUAACAUAACAAACAUAAAUAAUGAAGUUUAAUUUGUAUAAACAUAUAAAUAAAAUGUUCUUAUAAUAAGAAGAAUUACAUUACGGUAUGGUUGCUUAUUGUUAUUUUCAUACAAAAUGCAUUUUUUUAGGUAAUUAUACCUAAAAAAUAAUUUUAGCUAUUUUUAAAGCAGUUUUCCCACAAAUCAUUCUUUACAUAUGUAACUCUGAGAUCUUAGGAGUCGCGUGAACUCACACUGGAAUGUCCCUGAAGGGUCGUGGAGGCUUCACCAGGUCUGGACCAUCUGCUCAUGCAAACCAUGCGUGAAUAAUUGGUGUUUUUAACCCCGGUUUAAUGACGCAGUCCCAACCAGGGAGAGUCACGGCAGCUUUAAUAUCUUGUCUCCUCUAUUCAUAUAAAUUCCUGUACGACAUUUGAAUUUUUUUCCAUGAAUUAUUUGUUCUUCUCAUUUAUUUUCCUUAUUUUGAAGUGGGAAUGUAGUGCUUUCUAUGUUGUGAUAUUUAGUAUGAUUAUGAUGUAUUUUUGUGCCCUUGUCUCACACGGGGAUGCUUCUGGUGGGUUCAUGUAGAACAAUAGCGCUUCAUAAUUGACGCUUUAAUUGGGGGUUUGUUUGUGUCUGUGAAGGAUUUGUACACACUGGAGUCAAAGGUUAGCCCCCCCGCCUUCCCCAGCCCCCUGCAGACAGAUGCAUGGAGAAUAACAACGACUUUUCAAACAGAUCAUUAUUAUCGUCCCAGUAGCUCAUUUAGGUGCUGCAGGUGUACCUAAUGAAGUGGCCGAUGAGUGUCGAACAAUCUUCCGCUUCCAACCAGAGCAACCUGCAGGGAAUUCAACGCCACAGAGUUGUAGUCCGCCAGGGGGCGCAAAAGAGUGCUUUUCUAACUGUAUGUCGCCUCUGCAGCGCUUCUGUCAUUCAGUCAGUGUGUGUGCUCGCGCGCGUGUGUGUGUGUCCCCGUCUAAAGCAGAAGCACCAGAGCCAAACAGGAUGACUUUGGUGGUUUUCUGCGUUUGGAUUUGACCUUUACUUGGAGCAGAGAUGCGUGUUUCCCUUGAUUCGGCAGGUGGGGUGUGCGGACAGGAGCAAACCUGGACUGAAAGUGGAUUCAUGUUUGGAACCUGUGCAAGGGAUCCUGCAGAGUAGAGCAUGUCCGCUGGAGUUUAGGAACACACACAGUGGAAACGGCCAUCAACAAUGCGGGGAGCGUGCACGUGGAUCAUCAGGGGUUUGGCGUUUCUCCUGCUUUGCUCGGAGCCUCUGAGGUGCCAGCACACGACAGACCACAGGAAGGUCCCCCACAGGACAGCCGCCCUGCAGGACUUGAGGGCAGACUAUGGAGGACUUCGGGGCUCCUGGGGCACCUGGGGGUCCUGGUCGGCCUGCUCUCUGACCUGCGGAAGUGGCGUACAGGAGAGGAGUAGACCCUGCCUGCGGGUGCACAUGCCCUCCUUACGCCAGGGACACGUCAUCUCAGCCUUGAAACCUUCAGUUCCUGCGUACCGAGACGCCGGGAGAUGGUCUGACAGCGGAGGUCGGCAGGAACUGCAUCACGUGAUGGCGACGCCACCUGGUGGACGCAGGAGGAUUGGUCCCAUCACGCCAGGCAGGUACGGCUAUGGAAAAGCUCCUUUGCAUUCCAGCGCGGACCAGACUGCUUCUGGGCGGGUCCACCGCCCCAACAGACACAAACGCUCCGCUUCCUCCCAGCGUGUUGGCCUCAGGUCGCGUCACCACAGCACAGCCCAAACGCAGCACCUGUGGGCGCCGCUCUACCGGCAGGGCUCGGCCAGACAGAGUCCCGGAUCCCAGCAGCAGAAAGCGGAGAGGCCGUACGACCCCCUGCCCACUUCUUUUUGUACAGGGGAGCACGCUCGCCACAGGCUCUGCAGCAGUAAUGCCUGUCCUGCGUCCGGCAAACACAUCAGAGCUGUUCAGUGUUCCACCUUCAACAAGCAGCCUUUUAUGGGCCGACUGUACGAGUGGGAGCCCUUUCAUGAAGUUGUGGGCGGUCAACUCUGCCAGCUCAACUGUCGGGCGGCGGGCUUCAGGUUCUAUGUGCGACUGUCCGAUAAGGUGAUUGACGGGACGCCCUGCGGACGCAAUGAUUCUUCUUCUGUGUGUGUGGAGGGACAGUGCACGAGUUUGGGAUGUGAUGGAUAUCUGGGCUCCGGGAAGGUGAUGGACAAGUGCGGCGUGUGUGGAGGCGACAACGCCACCUGCAGGCUGAUCUCGGGAGUCUUCCAACACACUCUGUCCAAGAUCGGCUACCACAAGAUUGUGGAGAUCCCGCCGGGAGCCACCAAGAUCAACGUCACAGAGAUGGCCAAGAGCCGCAACUACCUCGCGCUCCGAAGCCGAUCGGGACGCUCCAUCAUCAACGGCAACUGGGCUAUCGACCGUCCAGGGAAGUACGAGGGAGGGGGCACCAUGUUCACCUACCGCCGACCCAAUGAAAUCAGCAGCACGGCUGGGGAGUCCUUUCUGGCCGAGGGGCCCACCAAUGAGAUCCUGGAUGUUUUUAUGAUCUUCCAGCAGCCCAACCCUGGUGUUCACUAUGAAUACUUUGUCCCGUCUCAGAGCCCAGUAGAUCAACCAAACCACACACCUGAAGGGAACGCAGUGAAUGAGCAAGGCGGCUCGGGCCGCACGGAAAACUACGACCCAGCGGAUGGGGCGCGGUACCCCCCUCAUCGCCACGACAACCAAGCGCCCGCCACCAAGCCCCCCCGACGUGAGCGGGACUUCAACUGGAAGAUGGUUGGAACGAGCGAGUGCAGCGCCUCCUGUGGCAAAGGUUUCCGGUAUCCCAUCUUCCACUGUGUCCACCGACUGAACCGAGUCCAAGUCCAGGACACUUUGUGUGACAGCAGCAGCAAACCGACACCACAGGAAGAACCAUGCAACCUGCAAUCCUGCCCGGCGUUCUGGGAUAUCGGCGUGUGGUCAGAAUGCAGCAAGACGUGCGGCCUGGGCAUGCAGCACCGCCAGGUCCUGUGUCGCCAGGUUUAUGCCAAUCGCACCCUCAACGUGCACACCAGUCGCUGCGGUCACCUGGAACGGCCCGAGACCGCCGGCACCUGCCAGAUGAAGAUCUGCAGCGAGUGGCAGAUCCGCUCGGAGUGGAGCUCCUGCUCGGUGCCGUGCGGGCUGGGUCAGAGGUCACGGGAGGUUCGUUGCGUCAGCAACGUGGGCGACUUUGUUCCCGACGACGAGUGCAACAUGAACCUGCGGCCCUUCGACAUAGAGAACUGCGACAUGGGAGCCUGUGCUAAGAGUUGGUUCUACACAGACUGGGGCGCUAAGUGCUCCGCCGAGUGCGGAACGGGCGUGCGCACGCGGAGCAUCCUCUGCCUGACCAACCACAUCAGCGGCCUCCCACUGGAGGGCUGCGGUGGCGAGAGGCCCCCGGACACUCAGGUGUGCAACAACGGCCCCUGUGAGAACGCCAUGGAGUGGUUCACCGGGCCCUGGAGUCAGUGCUCGGCAGAGUGCGGCGCCGGCAGCCAGCAGAGGUCAGUGGUGUGUCUGAUGAGGUCGCACGACGGCUUUGCCGUGGCGCCUCAGUACGAGUGCUCGUCAUUGGAGCGACCCCUCAGCCAGCAGAGCUGCAACGUGAAGGCUUGUGGAGCAAAGUGGUACUACACGGACUGGAGCGCCUGCUCGAAAACGUGCGAGGGAGGAUUUCGUGUGCGUGAGGUGCGUUGUCUCUCUGAAGACAAGCAGUCCACCAGCAGCUGUGACGAGCAGCUCAAACCAGCAGAGCGGGAAGACUGCAACCCCGAGCCUUGCAUCCCUCAAAUAGACGACAACUGCAAAGACCAGUACUUCAACUGCAACGUGGUUGUCCAGGCCCGUCUAUGCGUCUAUGACUACUACAAGAACACCUGCUGCGCCUCGUGCUCGCGUCACCCGCGCAGACACUCCGUCGUUCACAGAGGGCACAGCUAACGACCGCAUCCAGGGGGCUCUUGGCUCCACGUUUGGAACUUUUUAUGAUGUUGUCUGGAGACAGGGAGUAGAAACAUUUGCUUGUGUGUGUGAGGCAUGUGGAAAGGGCAGGAAUCAACUCACUGGAUGACUCAAACGGUGGUGUGUAAAACAGCCUAUUAAUCAAUUAAAUCAAUCAGCCCUCAUGCUGCAUUCAAGAAGACUGGAAAGUAGGACAUCUCCCAUCCAAAGUGAAUGGAAACCAAAAACAGGGCCGAUAAUCAACACAAGCUGAUAUUUUUAAUGUCAGCAGUUUUUUUGUGGCAGCCUUGAUCAGUUUUCUUUACAUUAUACCAAGUAACGUCAUGUAGAGAUAAUUCAGUGAUUCCAUGUUGAGAGUGUUCAGUUAUUUUUUGGGAACUCGCAAUAAAUAUGUAAAAGUGAGCAACACUGCCAUCUCGUGGUGGUGAGUGGUAGUGACGGAAGGUGCCCUAAAAACUGCAGGCGAACAAACCACGGUCAUUACACAAUUCCCUUAACUCAAAGAAACACUUGAGUUGGCGCAAUAAUCAACUUCAUCAAGUAAGUAAGAGCAAAAACAACAAGUAGAUAGAAAAUUACACUUGUAAAUUCCAGUCUAACGCAGAGCAUAGCACCACACAAGCUAAAGCUAGUAUUGCAUUUUCAUUUUAAAGAUAAAACAUGCUGUGUUAAAUGGUUAAUAUUUACAAUAAGGGGCAUUGAAAAUAUCAUUACUUUAUUUACACAGCCGUCUGGUUCAAUGUGUUUUUUAGCCGAAUUUCUGUGGUCGCCGCCAUUUUGUUUGACGUCACACUACGCCACUUAACGUCAAGUCUGUUAGCGAAGCGUUUCACGCGUUAAGGCUAAUGUCGCAAAGUAAUUAGUAACAGGUUGUGAUAAAUGGUUAACACUUUCAGUGCACGUAUAGUUCAUAUCAUGUACGCAUAUGAGGAUGAAACGCAGAAGGUGAUUUCUUGUCCUGACCGUAGAUGUAAAUAUGUUGUUAAAUAUUCUCAGUGAUCCUUCGAUCGAGGAAGAACUUUGUUAAAGAACGCUAUUUAUUUGUGCUGCGUCUUCCGAAUCUUGAUUUUUGUGUUUGUAUGUGUCAUUUCCUGGCGGUAGAUCACAUUCCGAGAAACUGCUGCUGCUCCACGCGUGUCAAAGACUUUGGCAUGAACCAGUCCUGACUUACAGUAUUACAAUUAUUAACGUCAUCACCAACUUUCUACCCUUCAAGCACAAUGUGACGUUCACGAGUCCAGUCUCAGUGGGAAACAACAGUUUUGGCCCUGCCAUCAGUAUUCAAACACAUCUGUAUUGGCUUUAUGUGCUCUUUUUCAAAUAAACAAUUAUUUUUUUGUAUACAUAAUGUGUUUUCGUUGUUAGGGUUGUUUUUUUGCCGUGUUGAGUACACAUUUCCUUUUUUAUAAAUCGUGUACAUAUUUCCUUCGGAUGUAAUGUAUUUAAUGGCUUUUAUAAUUUGUUACUUAUAUUGUAAUGGUUUUAU